AUGCAUCAGUUCUAUGCCCUCACCCCAGAUGGCCUCUUAGAUGUUCCAGCCAGUAUUACCAACCAGAAUACAACUGCUGCCGCUGGAACCAGCUCUUCAGCCUCCACCGCCAAUUGUUCUCCUGGCGCUGCAGACUCCAGCCCCAUGGGAUUCUUUAAGCCGUCAGAACCAGAACCGCCCAGCCAGAAGGCAUCGGUUGAUCCGGCCGCGAAAUUCCUCGGCGAGCAUGCCAAUCUGAUCAAUCUGGACAACCUCAUCACGCCAAAACCUGUGUGUCCUGUCAAGAGUGAACCACCGAAACCCUCGCUCUUCGACCUCAGCUCCCCAACCUCUCAACAGUCACCC